GAGUGGUUCCGUCCCCGCCUCUUCGGCUUCCGGCAACUCUGAGGGACCGGAACCUGCGUGGAGCGUCUGAGGCCCCUGCCUUCUCUCGGGGCUGGAUACCGCGCCCCCCGCCCCCCCUCUCGCGCCCCGUCCCCGAGAUGAGGAAACUGAGGCCCCGAGGAGCCCACAGUCACACAGCAAGAAGCAGCAGAAUCGAGAAUGAAACCCAGACUUCUGCAAAUUUGCUUCCUAAUAAUUGGAAGAAGACCCACUGGCUGAAUGGCAGCUGUAGAUGACUUGCAGUUUGAAGAAUUUGGUGAUGUAGCCACUUCUCUAGCGACCAACCGAGAUGCCACCACGAUAAGCAUCGAGGGUCCUGGUGAAACUCCCAGACAUCAGCCAGGACCCCCAAGAAGCUCUGGGAGAGAAGAGGAUGAUGAAUUACUGGGAAACGAUGAGUCUGACAAAACUGAGUUACUUGCUGGACAGAAGAAAAGCUCCCCUUUCUGGACCUUUGAAUACUAUCAAACAUUUUUCGAUGUAGACACACACCAGGUCUUUGACAGAAUAAAAGGGUCUCUUUUGCCAAUACCAGGAAAAAACUUCGUGAGGUUAUAUAUCCGCAGCAAUCCAGACCUCUACGGUCCCUUUUGGAUAUGUGCCACGCUGGUCUUUGCCAUAGCCAUCAGUGGGAAUCUCUCCAACUUCUUAAUCCAUCUGGGAAAGAACACAUACCAUUAUGUACCCGAAUUCCGAAAAGUGUCCAUGGCGGCCACAGUCAUCUACGCCUAUGCCUGGCUGGUCCCGCUUGCACUCUGGGGUUUCCUCCUGUGGAGAAACAGCAAAGUCAUGAACAUCGUCUCCUAUUCGUUUUUGGAGAUCGUGUGCGUCUAUGGAUACUCGCUCUUCAUUUAUAUCCCCACGGCAAUACUGUGGAUUAUCCCCCAGAAAGCCAUUCGUUGGAUCCUAGUCAUGAUGGCCCUGGGCAUCUCAGGCUCUGUCUUGGCGAUGACGUUUUGGCCAGCUGUUCGGGAGGAUAGCCGGCGUGUCGCGUUGGCCACGAUCGUGACGAUUGUGUUGCUGCACAUGCUGCUUUCUGUGGGCUGCUUGGCAUACUUUUUUGAUGCACCAGAGAUGGAACAUCUCCCAACAUCUAUGGUUGUUCCAAACCAAACGGUGGUAGCAGCCAAGUCCAGCUAAAGAGGAAAUCUGGUUCUUUGCGACACCAAAGCCAGCAGGAAAACCAACAGAAUGGCAGGAACCCCGCUGCAAUCCGAUCCUUAUGGUGCCGAACUGAAGCCUGAUUGCCCGUUUACCAAACAAAAAUUAAAUGUUUUCGGCACA